AUAGAGAAUGCAUAAUGCUUGUUAACAAUUAUGUUAAGUCAUGCAUGUAUACUUUUGUCGUGCUUUCAUGCCUGUAGUAUACCUAUUUCGUUUUUAUCUUCAACACUAACAUAAAAAAAAAACUGCGUCAAAAAGGGGCGGCCAAGAAAAUCGCUGACCCGUAGCGCUGCUGUGAUAUUCCUGUGUUUACGUUUUUUUGCGUUUUAUCAGCUGACCAUUCCAAAACGUUUGCUAUAGCAUUCGCGCAUUAUCGCCUGGUGAUUUCAGUUAUUCCGGGAUUUUUGGUGACUGCGCUUCAAAGGACAGGCUCCUAAUUUCUAUAAAUACUACUUAGGUACCUAUUCAUUAUGUCAGUACCUGCCUCUAUGACAUUCAUGAGCUUUGAUAUGGAACAACCAUUGAACAAAGCACAUGGAUACGAACGGGUAGCUGAAGGUUUUAUGAAGAAAGAAAAAUGGGAGGAAGCCGAGAAAAACUACAUUUUAGCAGCAGAAAUGAUGAGAAAAGCACUCGAUCAGGUGUCAUGUACAAAAAUAGCACUUCCUAUCAGAAUGCAAGCUGAAAAAUUUGAAAAAAUGAGGGACAUCAUUAAUAUUAAGCAAAGGGAGGCAAAUUCCAUGAAAAAUAUGAUUCCAAACAGUCAAAAGUCGCCACAUUCACAUUCAAAAUCUGGUGAUCGUAAUAAAAUUGAAUAUCAGGUUAAUGAAGAUCAACCAAUCCCUCAAAGUGAAGAAAAAACAGUAGAUAAAAGCACAGAAACGUUUCGAAUUUCCGAACCAAAAAAGAAAUGCUCACCAGCAAACACAUGGCAAUUUGUCCCUCGAGAUAUCAUUCACUUAGUUCAAGAACGAGAGACAGAUUCAUUGUUGCAGUUCUUGAAUUUUCCAGUAGUUAACCAGGAAGAAGAAAAUGCUGAGCUUUUUUCAUCAACGACAAAAAACAGAAAGCCCAAAAGUCAAGAGGCCAUCAUCGAAGAAUAUCGAAUGCGAUUUCAAGCAUUACAAACCACUGCUAUAGCUUUGGUGAAGGCUUUAGAAGACACAGAAAAUGAAAACCAGUCUUUGAAAUCUGAAGUCAGCGAUUUGAGGUCCGAAAUAUCAAAUUUGAGCGAAAGACUAAUGGUAUAUGAAGAAAACAGAAAUUAUUCACCCCUCGCUUUUAGCGCAGAAGAUAUGGGUGAACCCGUAAAGAACUUUAUGCCACAAAAAUUUAACAGCGAUCCAAUGGCAGCAUCAAUGCUCAUUGGUCAACCUGAAAACUACUUCAAAUUUGAAGGAAACGAUAUUGCAUCAGAAAUCCGACAAGCUGCUGAGGAAGAGUUCACACUACGCAAAAACUUCAAAUCAUUACCAGCAUUUAACUCAAAAUCGAAGAAUGUUUUGUUUGACCAAUGGGGACCAGACUUGGGGUCAAUGGACCAAUCAGUUAGAUAUGAAGAUUUAGAGGAGGAAGUAAAUGCUGAAGUCUCUGAGACAAUAUCACACUCAAGAUCUGAUGCUAAUUCCCACUGCGGUGUCAGAUCGCCACUGCAUUAUGCAAGUAUUGCAGGACUGCCACCCUUGUCGCCCGUUCAUUUUGAACUUGAUGAAAAAGACAAUAUAGUUACAAAUCACAUUUAGUUGUGAAGAAAAACCUACUUUUGAAUUUUUUUUUUAAAUCAGUAUAUUGUAGGUGUGGGUUAGUGUGCUUUCGUUCCAUUUUUAAGGUAUGACACAAUGAUCGCUACCGGUUCUAUUCCAUGUAUGACCCCAAAUGCUAUUGAAUGCUAAAUAAACAGUGGGUUUGAUUUUUAGAGCAGUACUGCCAAUUAUGUGCAAUAUUUCUUAUAGGGACUUGUUCUUUAAAUGAUUCCGAAUGAUGAUGAAAAUUUUGUAAAUCAAAGUUAACCAGAUGAUAGUGUUAAAAUCAGUGCUGGGGUUUGAAAUCACAAUUAUUCCAGAAACCCUGGCAUCAUAGCCAUAGUUUUGGUACGAUCACUAUCAUGAUACAGGAUGUCCAGAUGCAGGACUCUAAA